AUGCAAUCUAUUCAGCCGUUUCUGCUAGACGAGUGGCUAAGGGAAAAUGAACCCAAAUGCCAUCUCUUUCUUCAAGGUUCAUCUGCAGGAUCCCAUUCCAUAGACAGUCUCAAGGGAUUGACGCCUGACUCGACUCGAGAUCCUAUUGAUCGGAGUUUGGCACUCACUUACGGAAAAAGUCUAGGCUUUGACAGCUUGCGAAAGCGCAUUGCUGAACUUCACUCGUCGAAGGAAGUCACUCUAACGACUAGCAACGCAGUCAUCACAUCUGGCUCAAUUUCCGCAAAUUAUCUUGCUCUGUCAACGGUCCUCAACAGUGGUGACCAUGUCAUCUGCCAAUACCCGACCUACGGGCAAAUUUAUGAAUUGCCGAAACAUUUUGGCGUCGAGGUCAGCUUAUGGAAGUCAACGGCUGAGAGAAAUUGGAUCCCGGACUUGAAGGAUCUUGCGUCACUAGUGAGACCAAACACCAAAGCUAUUCUCAUCACUAAUCCAUGCAACCCAACAGGGACAGUCUUACGGCGAGAUAUGCUGGACGGCAUUAUCACAGUGGCCAAGCAGCACCACCUGAUUCUCUUUGCCGACGAGGUCUUUCGACCGCUUUUCCAUUCUCCGAACGAAGAACAUCCACCAUCUGUGGUAGCAAUGGGGUAUCAGAAAACUAUUUGUACUAGUUCCUUGUCCAAGGCACACGGUCUGUCAGGCAUUAGAGUUGGCUGGGUGGUCAGCCCAGAUCCACAGAUUAUGAAGCAAAUUGUUGUGGCAAGGGACUACACUACAGUCAGCGUUUCGCAGCUUGACCAAUGCGUCGCUAUGUUUGCCCUCUCGCCUGAGGUUCUUCCUCGCUUGAUGGAUGUCAACCUAGAGCGGUGUGCGAAAGGAAUAGCCUUGCUUGAUGGCUUUGUUCGCGAGAACUCGAAGUGGUGCCAAUGGGUCCCACCAGCUGGGGCUGGGGUAGGCUUCAUUCGGAUUUGUAAGGAGAACGGAGACCCAAUUGAUGAUGCAGACUUCUGUGGGCGAUUGGCAAGCGAGCGUGGAAUUUGCGUGGUGCCAGCGGGCCAUUCAUUUACUGGUGAUGACAAAGAUGAUCUUAAAGGUUAUGUUCGACUUCCAUUAGGGGACUGGCAAGAGCUAAAACAGGGCCUACCAGUGGUGGCUAGUUUCCUUGCUAGCUAUAUGGCUAAAACAUAG